AUGUACGCCACAAGCUUCCUCGUCCUCCCCCUCUCGGUCCUCGGCCUCCUUGCCCCCGCUGUGCUGGCGCAAAACCGCUGCCAACUAUUCGUCACCGCCCCGACAGGAACCAGUCUCACAGGCACGAGACCUGGCUUCGGUGAAAUUACCCGCGACUGCGCUGUCUCACCAGAAGGAAACAAAGGCUCAAGCCAGAAUGAUGAUGCGUGCGCGACCCUCGGCUUCAUGGACGAGUUUAACACCGACGAGUCAAUCUUCGUCCCUGCCGGCUUGUCGGAGGAUGUCGAGGUGCGCAUGUUCAGGGACGAUCUGUCCGAGGGAUUCAUGAAGUUUGCCGGUCAGGAUUUGAAUUUUGAGGGUGAGUGCGAACAGGUCGGGAGUGAAGUUAAAGCGGUGGUCAGGUGUGAGUUUGAUUGCUAA